AUGACCACGCUCGCGUCACUCCUGCUGACCCUGGUAGUUCUGACGUCAAUUCCGGUUUGCUACGGGCAAGACUGUAACUCGACAAGCACUAAAUGUGGAGAUGAAUGUCACUGCGUGAACAGGACGAUGUGUGGAACAGCAGGCUUUUGUGAGGGAGGCUGUCAGGACGGAUGGACAAGCAGUGUCUGUCAGACAAAACCGUGUCUGGAUGGUAAAUACGGAGACAGAUGUCAGAACACCUGUAGUUGUGCGAACAGACAAACAACCCUCUGUGACAAGGCAACUGGGACAUGCACAGGACAGUGUAAUCCGGGCUAUACUGGUGAAGACUGUCAAACAAAAGAACCGUGUCCGGAUGGUAAAUACGGAGACAGAUGUCAGAACACCUGUAGCUGUGCGAACAGACAAACAACCAUCUGUGACAAGGCAACUGGGACAUGCACAGGACAGUGUAAUCCGGGGUAUACUGGUCAAAACUGUCAAACAAAAGCAACUGGAGCCACAGACAUGAGCACUGCAGCUUUAUCCUCGUCCACGACUGGGGCCAUUGUGGGAGGAGUACUGGGUUUCGUUGUUAUUCUCGCCCUUGUUGUUGUUGUUGUGAUAUUCCUGAGGCGAAGACGGAGGUCUGCGCGAAGGAACUCGGAAUCUGAUUCUGACAAUAUCGUCAACAGGCCAAUCAUCGUAACUGACAGUCUCAAGGUUUCAAAUAAAAGGGGCAGUCAUGCCACGAAUUCGGUCAUGUUAACCAAGGUCAUUGGUAUAAAUGAACUGGUGACAAUUGUCGGCUAUUGUGACGCGGAUCCAGAAGCCCUGGCGGAUGAAUUUGAGAAUUUACCUGGAGGUGUGUCGAAGAAGUCAGAGACAGCAUUCUUACCCCAACACGCGCACAAAUGCCGGUACAAAGGAAUGGUUCCAUAUGACCACUCUCGCGUUGUCUUGGAGCCACGUGACAGCGAUCCCUAUUCGGAUUUCAUCAAUGCCAGUUACAUUGAUAUCAAAUGUGACCAGUACUGGCCGGAGUCAGGUAGCACCGUUUACGGCCACGUCACUGUGGAACUUCUGGCCACACACCAGUUUGAGGACUUCUGUGUGCGCACCCUGACUGUUCGAGCGGACGGCAAGGUGCGGACGCUCAAACAGUUCCACUUUACCCACUGGGGUGAUCAUGAUGCCCCGUCUGAGACCACGGGUGUAAUUUCCUUACUGACUCGGGUACAGGAGGCCAAGGAUGAGGGAAAGGGACCCAUUGUCGUCCACUGCAGCGCUGGGGUGGGCCGGACAGGCACGUAUAUCGCCCUUGACAUUUUACUGGAGCAAGCUCGGGCCGAGAAUCAAGUUGACAUUCCCAAGUAUGUGACACGGAUCCGGUCACAGAGGGCAAAUAUGAUCCAGACUCAGGGUCAGUUUACCUUCCUUCACCGUGUACUCCUUGAUGCCUGGGUUGGAGCUGACAGCAUUGUCACAACCCCGGAGUUUGCGCAGCAAUCCACAUCUUACUUCCGGCCUGUCCCGCCUAACAAUGUACCCAAGAUCCAGUCAGAAUUUGAGGCACUGGAGGUACUACAGAAUAAGCCGAGCUCUGAGGCUUUCAAGGCGGCGUGUACAGAGAAGAACAUCUCUAAGAACAGAGAUCCCGACCAUCUGCCGCCCGACAUAAGCCGUACAUUCCUGUCAACGUACAUCCCCGGGAGAACAGACUAUAUCAACGCCGUUUAUCUACGGGGUUACGAGAACAAGUUCGCCUACAUCUCCACUCAGAUGCCUUUACCGGACACUAUCAUUGACUUUUGGAGGCUUGUUCUCGAACAGAGGUCGUCAACGAUCAUAAUGCUGAAUACAGGACAAAACGAGCUGAUGAUAGGUUCUGCCCAGCUGAUGAGCGGUUCUGUCCAGCUGAUGAGAGGUUCUGUCCAGCUGAUGAGAGGUUCUGCCCAGCUGAUGAGUGGUUCUGUCCAGCUGAUGAGUGGUUCUGUCCAGCUGAUUAGUGGUUCUGUUCAGCUCAUGAGCGAUUCUGUGCGGCUGAUGAGUGGUUCUGUCUGUCCAGCUGAUGAGGGGUUCUGCACAGCUGAUGAGUGGUUCUGUCCAGCUGAUUAG